CUUUUCGUUCGCACGUCGGUCGUACUCCAUGCACAAGCAUAGGCCACUUGUCAAACCAAUGAUUGUUGUGUCCACCACUGGCUACAUUAUAUCUAUUUUGGGACCGUACUUGGCGGAUGGCAAAAACUCAGAUGCAAAUAUACUGAAACACAUCAUCAAUCAAAAUACUGAGGAUUUUAAGAGCUGGAUUCAGGAAGGUGAUGUGGUCGUAGUUGACAGAGGUUUCCGAGAUGCGUCGACUGUUCUCGAAGAACUUGGUGUAACUAUGCAGAUGCCAUCUUUUAUGCGAAAGGGGUCUACACAGCACACAAGCGAAGAGUCUAACAAGUCGAGGCUUGUGACGAAGAUACGAUGGGUUGUCGAGUCAACCAAUGGCAGACUCAAGACAUGGACAUAUUUAGCUAGGACAAUGCCAAACACCCAAGUGCCAUUUAUUGGUGACUAUGUGCGAAUUGUUGGAGCAAUCUGCAACCGCUUCAGACCGGCUCUAAGUAGCGGGGACUCCGAUCAAGACAAAAUAGUUGCAGAGAGAAUGUUGUAUUUGUCAGGGCAGAACAACGAUUUACAACAAUUCAUCUCUGACAACGACAUAGAAAAAAUAACCAAGGCAACCGAUGGACGAACUAGACAUAAACUGUCCAAUAAUGACCGAGGAUGA